AUGGACGACCGCCACCAUCACCUCAUUAUUAUCGCGGGCUCCCUAGAGAGGCCUGCGCGCCGUCAGCUCGAAGAUCACACCACCAUGGAGAGGAACACGCUCAUGGCGCAGUGCUACCCAAAGCUCAAGGACUACUGCCGCGAGAAGCACGGCCUGGAGUUCCAGGUGGUGGACAUGAGGUGGGGCGUGCGAGACGAGGCCACCGACGACCACAUGACGACGGAGCUGUGCAUGAGGGAGAUCGAGAACUGCCAGCGCCUGUCCAUGGGGCCCAACUUCGUGGUGUUCCUGGGCCAGAAGUACGGCUACAGGCCCAUUCCCACCUACAUCCUGUCGUCGGAGCUGGCGCUGCUGCGCGAGGAGCUGGUGUCGAUGGGGGCGGAAGUGAAUCUCCUCGACACGUGGUACCGCAAGGACGCCAACGCCGUGCCGCCCGUCUCCGUGCUGCAGCCCAUCUCCUCCAUCCUCGUCAACUUCAACAACAAGAGAAUUCCUAAAUUACAACAACAUGACCAAGCAGUUUGGUGGGACACUUUGUCAAAAAUGCAGAAGUUAUUUCGGAAAGCUUCGCUGUCCCUCUACACGAAUGAAAAAAUUGACAAAGACACUAUGCACAAUUAUUUCAUGUCAGUGACGGAACGUGAAGUCAUUAAUGGUGUAUUAAAUGUAAAGAACACAAAAAACCAUUGUUUAGCAUACGUUAGAUACAUUAAUAACAUUAAUCUGCAAAAUCUCAAAAAAGCAUCCCUUUUUCUGGAUAUAUUGAAUCGCAGUUUAGAUACAGAAGCCUCGAAGCUGUUGGCAAAUUUAAGAGAUGAGCGUCUUCCUGACAAAAUUGAAUCAACUAAUCUACAAAGGUACACUGUGGAAUGGAUCGGGCGGGAAGGUCUUGACACCGAGACCCACGAAGAAUACCUCCAACAUUUCAUCACGCACUUUUAUAAAAACAUCACCAAACUUGUCGACAGAGCGAUGCGGAAAGAAGAUUCAAGCGCUCAAGGUCAAAUCGUCACGGAGAUCUUGCAACACCUCCACGCGUGCAACAACUCCGUUAAGGUAUUCUAUGGUCGUGAAAAUAACUUGGAGCACAUUAAAAGCUAUAUGCUUGGAGAUUCAGAUAAACCUAUAGUUCUCUAUGGAGAAGGUGGCUGUGGAAAAACAUCUUUACUGGCGAAAUCUGUGAGUUUGACGGCAGAGGAGUGGUAUAAGGGAAAAAAGCCUAUAAACAUCAUUCGCUUCUUGGGCACCACGCCAGAUAGCAGUGCAUUGACUCCUACGCUCAUUUCAAUUUGUCAACAGAUUUCAUACAAUUACAUGCUGCCAUUUGAAGAUAUUCCCGUAGAUCUUGUGCCACUCACAGCCCACUUCAAAUAUUUAUUGACAAACGCUAGCAAAGAGCAACCUCUCACUCUUUUCCUAGACUCUGUAGAUCAACUGACGGGAGCUCAAGAUGCAAAUAAAGUGUCUUGGCUGCCUCUUCGUCUUCCUCCCUACUGCAAAUUAAUCGUGUCGUGCGCAGCAGAGGCCGAUAACCCUGAAGUAUCCGCCGACUAUUACCUACUGCGGAGGAUGAUAGAUAUUCCUGAGAACUUCAUUGAGCUCUUGGAGAAGACCUGGCCAUGGAAGAUGUGGAUGCAAACUGCUCACAGGGAUCUGACCAAUUACCAGUGGCGAUUAGUAGCUAAUGCUAUUGGUCAGUGCUCACUGCCAAUAUUCGUGAAAUUGGUGUUUGCCGAAAUAUGCCGUUGGAGAAGCUACACAAAACCUCAAGACACGCAUUUGGCAUCCACAGUAAAUGAUUCCAUUAUGAUGUUGUUCGAGAGAAUAGAAAAGCAGCACGGGCGCAUCCUGGUGUUCCACGCGCUGGCCUACAUCACGGCGGCCAAGAGCGGGCUGUCCGAGUCGGAGCUGGAGGAUCUCAUCUCGCUGGACGACAAGGUGCUGGACGACGUGUACCAGUACCACUUGCCGCCCGUGCGCCGCAUCCCGCCGCUGCUGUGGACGCGCAUCCGCAACGACCUGCCCAACUACCUGUCGGAGCGCGAGGCCGACGGCGUCAGCGUCAUGAACUGGUACCACAGACAGUUCCGAGAAACAGCCAAGGAACGCUACUUCAAAAAUCUAAACAACGCAACCUACUUCCACUCAUCAAUCGCUGACUAUUACCUGGGCAUCUGGGGAGGCGGAAAUCCAAAGCCUUUUAAAUUCACUGAGAUACAGAGGCACAGGUUCAAUCUAACGGACAAAGAAGGCUCAGCUGACCGAAAAGUGCCAGUACAACCCUUAGUAUUCUAUUCGAAGGAUGGAAAAGUAACUCGUUACAAUUUAAGGAAGUUUGGAGAAAUGCCAUAUCAUCUUGUACGUGCAAGACGGUUUCAAGAUCUUUACGAGAACGUGUUGUUCAACUACGAAUGGUUGCAUGCAAAGCUAUCUAGCUGCCCUCUGCAAGCAGUGCUGAGCGACUUUGAAGAUGCCUGUCAGCACAUAGGAGACAAGGACAGAGUAAGGGAGAUGCUGCUGGUGGCGGACGCGCUGCGCCUGGGCGGCGCCAUCCUCAGCGUGUACCCGGACAUGCUGGCGCCGCAGCUGGUGUCGCGCCUGCUGCCGGAGAUCGGCCCCAACCUCAACGUGAAGCGCCUGCUGCAGCAGUGCGACCGCACGGGGCCCCAGCACUGCGCGCUGCUGCCCUACUACCACUGCCUGCACACGCCGGGCGGCCCGCUCAAGUAUUCACUGGAAGGACAUCAAUUUGCAGUUUUUGGAUUCUGCUUAACAUCUGAUUAUCGUUACAUAGUAUCAAUAUCUAAUAAACUAAUAACUUGGGAUUUAUCAACAAGUGACUUAACAAGAGAGGUUAACCCAGGUCUUGAAGGCAUAAUGCAACAAUUGGUGCUUAGCCCAGAUAACCGCUUUGCUGCAGCCUUCACAAAUAACAAUCAGACUGUGCUCCUUAACACAUUGACAAGUGAAUUUGUGAUCAUUGAAAACCCUAUGAUGGGGAGUGAAGAAGUUACAGGCGUAUUCCUUCUGAACGCUCAUUUGUUUUUGCACGGAGCAGGAACAUGUUGCCGGUUUAACAUGAGAGGUGAACUUGAAGACAAAUUCACCAGUCCAGUAAACCCACUGGAAUGGCCCUUUUUGUACAUGGAAUUUAGUAACCUGGAUGAAUAUAUAUUUCACUUUUGGAAAGGAAAUCUAGAUGAUACGGCAAUGCAGUUAUAUACUGUGAAAAGUAAUGGAGUAUAUGAACCAUUGUUUUAUCACAGUGCCAUGGUCAUGACUGCAGACAGAUCCAAAAUUUAUUGUUGCAACAACACAGAGCACUAUGGUGUUUCACUAUAUGCCAUUGAUCGAGAUCAACAAAAGUGGACUAAACAGUGCGACCUCCCGAGAGCCGGCAACGACGACACGGAGAUCCUGCUGCAGCUGAAGCUGGACAAGGAAGAGACCACGCUGCUGGGCACCACGAGCAACGGCUUCAUCGUGUGGACGUGGGCGGAGCCGGCGGCGACGCUCGGCCAGCUGCAGGAGAUGGCGGCGGAGGCGGAAGCG